UUUGUAAGAAACUGUCAAACCGUCUUCUAAAGUGGCUGUAUGAUUUUGUAUUCCCACCAGCAAUGAAUGAGAGUUCCUGUUGCCGUACAUCCUCGUCAGCAUUUGGUGUUGUCAGUGUUCUAAAUUUUGGCCAUUGUAAUAGACCAAGUGGCCUCGUGAGUAGGAAUGCCUGCCCAAAUACCAGAAUUGGAGCUAAUGGAUGAAGAUGAGUUAAUUGCAGAAGUCUUGGAUAAGUUUGUUAAUUCUCAUGAGCAAACAUAUGAAGAAUUUCUGAGCACUUUUACUUAUCUUUCAAAAGAGGAUAAUGUGACCCGAAGAGGAGCAUUUGGAACCGAUUCUUCAGAAAACACAUUUACUUCAGUAAUAUUUCCUCAUGAAAAUGAACCAAAUGGUCACCAUCUUAGAAACAAAGCUAUCUUUCUUCGUACCUCAUCAUAAUGUUCAGAAGAGGAUCAGGUAGUGAUGGAUGAAGGCCAAAAAGUUGGCAGUUCCAUUCAAAGUGAUCCGAGUUGGGCAGGAAAGGUGAAGGUUGACAAUUUCCUAGAUUUAGAAGAUUUGGACAUGGAUGGAGAGAUUAAGCCCCAGAUGAGCAUGGAUCUGCUGCUGCUUCCGGGAGAAGUGGAGCAGGACGUAAGCACCAGGGUUCCCUCUCACAUCCCUUCCGCGGCCCAGCCUCUUACCCCUGGAGUAAAGUCGAGGCCCACCGUGAGAGGAGCAGACAAACAAAGGGAAGAGAUACUUGGGGACGAAGUCCAGCCCUUCUCUCUUGAUGAGGAAUUUGAUUAUGAUGCUGUGAUGCUCACCCCCAAGUUCACUCCUGCAGAGAUAGAUGCCAUCAAGGAGCUGUCCAAGCAAAAGAGAGAGAACUCCAGCACGGACUUAGAGGAGCCCUGUGACUGAAUCACCAAGACAUCUUCGUGUUUAUUUUUAUUUUGUCCUUAUUCAAGCAACAUUAAAAUAAAAGAUAAACCUAC